AUGUCAAGUAGCAGUGGAAGCGGUUCAAACACCACUGUGAAGGGUCACUUCACUGAACUGGUUCGUCAGUAUAAAGAAAAAAUCUUAAAUGGUAAUACUUCUAGUGAAAUGGAUGCUGCUGCUAGAAACCUUAUUCCGCAGUUUGAGCAAUUAUGGCAUCAAAUGGCAGUUUUAGGUGUUUUUUCACCCAAUGAAGAAUUAGAUGAUUUAUCUACAACUUCACUGGAACUUCUAUGGACGCCGUACAUUAUCGCAGAUUUAUAUCAGCGUGUACAGGGACAAUUACCUACUCCUUCAAUGACUUCUCAAACAAAUACUUCAUCUAGUGGAAUAACACGUGAAGAGGCCCUCGCAUGUUCUCACAGCUGGUAUGAUUUAUUCUUUAAAUGGGCAUUAGACUAUGAACUGGUAGAUGAACGUACAUUGGAAACUUACCGUAAGUACGAUGGCGAUAACCGUACACAACGGAUUGAACUCUCUCGCAAGUGUCGUGAACUUGAACAAGAGAUGCACCGCAGUGAAGAUCAGGUACAGUAUUUACAAGCGAAACGUAAACGAAUGCAGGCAUUAAUGAGUGAAGAUGGUGAAGAUAUGGAGAAUACUGGUGGUGAUGAAGAGGAAGUCCUUCGUAAUCGUGCUUUAGCACGUCUCCGCUGGUCUAUUUAUGAAGCCUGUCAUCAAUUACAACUCUCUUCACGAGAAUUAGAGAUGUUGCAAUCACUUUCACCUGAGAAACGAGAGGCCGUUGCAAAGGCACAUCAAGACACUAUUGAAGCUGUGCAGCGUGGAGAGAAAUCACUUGGUAGACAAACAUAUACAAUUCUCCCAGGAGGUCUUAUUGCGGUUGGAGGUCCAGUACCAACGGCAAAACUUAAUAGCAUCGCCAUGAGUGCUAUUGCUAAUCAACAAGCCUUUCGUCAACAAGUUGUGGAUGAGUUAAUGAUGGAACGUAAUAAACCAACCAUGACACUGCAGGAAUUUGCAGAUAUGGAAAUGGCAGAUGUCCAACGCCGUAUGGAUAUGGAGGCGGAGGCAAAACGACAACAAGAGGAAGAAGAUGAACGACUUGGCCCUGAUGGUAUUGAAGAGAGACAACGUCAGCGUGAUGUUAGAAUGGCAAAUUGGAAGGAUGAUCACGCACCCAAUGGCUUAACAGCAAAGGGUAACUAUGCGUGA